AUGUCAGCGUCUUCCCUUCCACCGGGCGGCCAUAAGGAUCGAUCAUGGCCGAUACGCCGGUCGGGGUGGCCCGGGCCAUCGGCAGGCCCUCCUCGAUGGCGCGGAAGCCCGAGAGAUUGA